AUGGCUUACACCGUCACGUCUACAAAGUCGUUCAUGCAGGCAAUGGAGCCCAUGGUGGAGUUCCUUGACUCCAUUUCAGUGGGCCAGGAAAAGGUGCCCCGAAUCGACACCGAAAAUGCCAAAAUCACCCCCAUCGAAAUGAUCCUCAGUGGCUUCGAGUCCCUCUCCACAGAUAUCUUGGACGACAUUGAACAGUCUCAAGGACCGUCCAAGAGUAAUGUGAUCAAGCAGAUCGAGGAAGACUGCGAGCGCAUAAGCAAGUCCAGGGGACAGGAAACUGGCGAAAUCACAACUCUCGUCAAGCAAAUCUUACACGACUCAGCUAGCGACGAGGUGGUGCAGUCGUCGUUGUUCGAUAUCUUGGGGUUCGAAGAAUUCGACCUCAUUUCGAGGAUUUUGCAGAACAGAGAUGAUCUUCUUGUUGAGCAAGAAGAGCAGUUACCAGAAGUCAACACCAAGUUCUUGACUCCAGAAGAAAGAGCACAAUUAUUAAUUGAAAACCACCAACGUACUAAAAACCAGAAGCUUGCACCAAAAGCCCUCAACCAGCAGUAUCCAAAUGUCUACAAGAACCCAGAUGUUGGAAGCGUUAUGGCAUUCACUGGAAAGAAAUUCGCAUUGCCAAUUGGCACCGAAAGAUCUUCGUAUGCUACUCACGAAGAGUUGAUCAUCCCUUAUCCUGAACAAAAACAGAAUAAAUGGAUCCCAGAUAAGAACCUCGUCAAGGUUGCUGACCUUGAUUUCCUCUGCCAAGGUACGUUCAAAAACUACUCUGCUUUGAACAGAACCCAAAGUUUGGUGUAUCCUGUUGCGUACAAUACCAAUGAAAAUAUGUUGGUUUGUGCACCUACUGGUGCUGGUAAAACUGAUAUUGCCUUGUUAACCAUUUUGCAUACUAUCAAUCAAUUUGUUACGGAAACCAUUGACGGUGACGGUGACAUUACCGUAGACAUUGACUACGAUGAGUUCAAGAUCGUCUAUGUUGCACCAUUAAAGGCAUUGGCCGCAGAAAUUGUGGAAAAGUAUAGCAAAAAGCUUCAAUGGUUGGGAAUCCAUGUCCGUGAAUUGACUGGUGAUAUGCAAUUGACCAAGCAUGAAAUCAUGAGUACCCAAAUUAUUGUUACGACGCCUGAAAAAUGGGAUGUGGUUACGAGAAAGCUGGGUGGUGAUAACGAAUUAGUUACCAAAGUCAAGCUUCUCAUCAUUGAUGAAGUGCAUUUACUUCAUGAAGAUAGAGGUUCUGUUAUUGAAACUUUAGUGGCCCGUACAUUAAGACAAGUUGAAAGUACUCAGCUGAUGAUCAGAGUUGUUGGUUUGUCCGCCACCUUGCCCAACUAUAUGGAUGUUGCUGAUUUUCUUGGUGUAAACAGGUCAAUUGGUAUGUUUUAUUUUGAUCAAUCAUUCAGACCUGUCCCUUUGCAACAACAAUUGCUCGGGGUAAAAGGAAUAGCCGGUUCAAAACAAGCUAGAGAAGGCAUUGACAAGAUUUCGUAUGACAAAUUGGUUCACUACGUGAACCAGGGGCUACAAGUUAUGGUAUUCGUCCAUUCUCGUAAAGAUACUGUCAAAACCGCUAGAACCUACAUAUCCAUGGCCCAGAACCAUUCAGAAACUGAUAUUUUUGAUGCUUCUGAAAGUUGUGACUCCUACGAAAGAUUCAAGAGAGAAAUGGGUACGAAGAAUAGAAACAAAGAUAUGAAAGAAUUGUUUCAACAUGGUUUUGGUGUUCAUCAUGCAGGUAUGUUAAGAACGGAUAGAAAUCUAACAGAAAAGAUGUUCGAAGCUGGAGCUAUCAAAGUCCUCUGCUGUACUGCCACUCUUGCUUGGGGUGUUAACUUGCCUGCUGCAGUCGUCAUCGUGAAAGGAACUCAAGUCUAUGAUGCCAAACAAGGUGGUUUCGUUGAUUUAGGAAUUUCUGAUGUGAUCCAAAUUUUUGGGCGUGCUGGAAGACCUCAGUACGAAAAGUAUGGUGUGGGUAUUUUGUGUACGUCAAGUGAUAGAUUAGAUCAUUAUGUCUCAUUGAUUACUCAACAGCAUCCUAUAGAAUCCAAACUUCAGGCCAAGCUUAUUGAUAAUCUAAAUGCAGAAAUCUCACUAGGAACCGUCACAAAUAUCGAUGAGGGUGUCCAAUGGUUGGGUUAUACCUAUAUGAUUGUUAGAAUGAGACAGAAUCCACUUGGUUAUGGAAUUGAUUGGAAAGAAUUGAAAGAGGAUCCAUUAUUGAACAACAGAAGACGAGAGAUGAUCAUAACAGCUGCCAGAAGACUUCAUCAGUUACAGAUGAUCAUUUUUGAAGAAAAUUCAGGUGCUUUUAUUCCCAAAGAUUUGGGGAGAAUUGCUUCUGAUUUUUAUUUGCUCAAUAAUUCUGUUGAGAUUUUCAACCAAAUGAUGAACCCCAGAGCUACAGAAGCUGAUGUUUUGUCUAUGAUUAGUAUGAGUAGUGAGUUUGAUAGUAUCAAAUUCAGGGAAGAAGAAUCACAGGAAUUGAAAAACUUACUCGAAUCUGAUUCACCUUGUCAAAUAGCUGGAGAUGUUGAAAGUUCACAAGGUAAAACCAAUAUUUUAUUGCAAGCUUUCGUGUCUCAAGCCCAAAUCAGAGAUUCUGCAUUGAUAUCGGACUCUAACUAUGUUGCUCAAAAUUCUGCAAGAAUUUGUAGAGCAUUAUUGUUGAUUGCAAUCAACAGAAGGUGGGGUAUUUUCAUGAACAUUAUGUUGAGCAUCUGUAAAUCUAUUGACAAGAGGAUUUGGGCUUGGGAGCAUCCACUUUGUCAGUUUGAUUUGCCUGAUCAAAUUUUGAGAAAUAUUCGCUCAAAGAAUCCGCCCAUGGAUAUUCUCAGAGAGAUGGAAGCUGGAGAGUUAGGUGACUUGGUUCAUAAUAACAAGCAAGGUGGAAUAUUAUACAAGUUGAUUGCCAGAUUCCCAAUAUUGGAAAUCGACUCCGAAAUAUUUCCUAUUACAACUAAUGUGAUGAGAAUCAAAGUUUGGUUAGAUCCUGAUUUUGUUUGGGACGAAAGAUACCAUGGUAUGGCCCAAUUCUUUUGGUUAACUGUCGAGGAAUCUGACAAAUCUGAGAUCUUACAUGUUGAAAAGAUUAUCUUGAAUAGGAGACAGAUGUCGAGUGCUAUUGAGUUGGACUUCAUGAUUCCAUUGGCUGAUCCUUUGCCACCACAAAUCGUGGUGAAAGUCGUUUCAGAUUCGUGGAUUGGCUCAGAAUCAACUCAUACUAUUUCAUUCCAACACUUGAUUAGACCUACUAAUGAAACUAUCAGGACCAACCUUUUAAGACUUCAACCAUUGCCAGUGACCGCGUUACAUAAUCCUACGAUUGAAUCCAUUUAUGCUAAGAGAUUCAGAUAUUUUAACCCUAUGCAAACUAUGGCGUUCCACUCAUUAUACAACUCUAACUCCAGUGUCUUUGUCGGUUCGCCCACGGGUUCCGGAAAGACUGUGGUUGCAGAGCUAGCGAUUUGGCAUGCGUUCAAUGAAUUUCCGGGAUCCAAGGUAGUUUACAUUGCUCCGAUGAAAGCGUUGGUCAGAGAAAGAGUUGAUGAUUGGACCGAGAGGAUUUGCAAGAACACCAGCUUCAAGUUAGUUGAAUUGACUGGUGAUUCUCUUCCGGAAGCCAAACAAGUUAGGGAGGCUGACAUCAUCAUCACGACUCCUGAAAAGUUUGAUGGUAUAUCUCGUAACUGGCAAACCAGAAAAUUCGUGCAACAAGUUUCAUUGGUGAUUAUGGAUGAAAUUCAUUUGUUGGCAAGUGACCGUGGUCCUAUUUUAGAAAUGAUUGUCAGUCGUAUGAAUUAUAUUUCCUCACAAACAAAGAAGCCCAUUAGAUUGUUGGGUAUGUCUACUGCAGUUUCUAAUGCCAUGGAUAUGGCUGGCUGGUUGGGUGUCAAGGAAGGUUUGUUCAAUUUUUCACUGUCAGUCCGUCCAGUUCCUCUUCAAAUGUACAUCGAUGGAUUCCCUGACAAUUUAGCAUUCUGUCCAUUAAUGAAAACCAUGAACAAGCCUGCAUUUAUGGCAAUUAAGCAACAUUCACCAAGCAAGCCGGUGUUGAUUUUCGUGGCCUCUCGUCGUCAAACAAGACUUACUGCUUUGGAUCUUAUUCAUUUGUGUGGUAUGGAGUCGAAUCCAAGAAGAUUCCUAAACAUGAGCGAAUUCGAGUUGGAGGAUAUCAUUAAACAGGUGAAGGAUGAUACCCUCAAGUUGUCGUUGCAAUUUGGUAUGGGCCUCCAUCACGCUGGUUUGGUGGAAUCAGAUCGUCAAAUUUCUCACAAGUUAUUUGAGGCUGGAAAGAUUCAAAUCUUGAUUGCCACUUCGACUUUAGCCUGGGGUGUUAAUUUACCAGCGCAUUUGGUUAUUAUUAAGGGUACUCAAUUCUUUGAUGCCAAAAUUCAAGGAUACAGAGACAUGGAUUUGACCGAUAUUUUACAAAUGAUGGGUAGAGCUGGUCGUCCUGCUUUCGAUACAUCUGGUACGGCCAUUAUCUAUACUAAAGAGUCCAAGAAAAUGUUUUACAAGCACUUCAUCAAUAUUGGCUUUCCAGUUGAAUCCUCAUUACAUAAAGUUCUUGAUAAUCAUAUUGGUGCAGAGAUCUCUGCUGGUACCAUUACGACUAGACAGGAAGCUAUGGACUUUUUGACGUGGACCUUCUUGUAUAGAAGAGCACAUAACAACCCCACCUAUUAUGGAAUUGAGGAUGUUUCUACCGCAGGAGUGUCAAAGUACUUGGGUGAUUUGAUUGAUCAGACGCUCGAAAAUUUGAUGGAAUCGAAGUGUGUAACCAAUGGUGCCAAAGAUGAGCUUAUUCCUACUCCAUUUUUACAUAUUUCAUCUUACUACUACUUAUCUCACAAGACGAUUAGAAAUUUGGUUAACAACAUUACGAAGGAGAGCACUUUUAGAGACUGCUUGAGACUUUUGAGUGAAGCAACGGAGUACGAUGAAAUCGCUACCCGUCACGGUGAAGAGUUGAUCAACAUGGAAAUGUCACACAACAUGAGAUACCCUGCAGAAGACUUGAACUGUGAGUUCAUUUGGGAUCCUCAUGUGAAGUCUUACCUUCUUAUUCAGGCAUUUAUGAGUAGAAUUGAGCUUCCAAUUGCUGACUAUGCCCAAGAUACUGUUUCUAUUUUGGACCAAGCAUUGCGUAUUCUUCAAGCUUUCAUUGAUGCUACUUCGGAAAUGGGGUAUUUAAGCACGGUGCUUACUUUCAUUGAAUUAAUGCAAUGUAUCAAGCAAAGAUGCUGGUAUGAUGAUGACCCAAUUACAACGUUACCGGGUCUUGAUUUACUUCCAUUGCUGGACAAAUCCAAAACAACUUUGGCUGAUUUGGGUAAAUUCAACCGGGGCAGUUUGACCAACUAUGCCAAAACACUUGGAGUCAAUGGAAGAGCUAUGAAGGGGGACGUACCACACACUGACGAAGAAGCAAAGAAGGAAUUCCUUCGUGUUGCUUCGAGUUUACCUACGGGCCAGCUUUCUACUCACCAACAAAGCUCGGAAACAUUGACGGUCACCUUAAACCACGAUAAUUAUCCAUUGAACAAAGAGUUCAAGAUGUAUUGUCCUCAAUUCCCUAAGGCUCAAAGGGAAUCUUGGUUUGUUAUUGUUUGUGAUGAGCAAGCUGAUGAGCUCUUGCUAGUCAAGCGGGCGUCGCCACGUAUGGUUGGCAAGAAGGGUAAAGUUACUGUUACUUUGGAUAUACCAGCAGACUUGGCAGGCCGGGAGGUUACUGUCAAAUGUGUGAACGAUGCGAUCAAGAUCGACUAUUCGGAAAAGAUCACAUUAGAAUAG